AAAAAAAAAAUAAUAAUAAACACGUGUACAAAUGUUGUCAAUUUGUUAAUGUCAAAUGUCAAAUAUAAAUAAUAUUUAUAAAUAAUAUGAUAAUUUAGUUAAAUUAAUAAAUAAAUAAUAAUAAUAAUGGGUGAUAGUUUGGAUGUUGAAAAAAUUGAAAAUGAUGAUUUUUUCAAGCAGUUUUUGGAACCAGGUGUUGAGCUAAAUGAUGCUACUAAAUUGUUGACUGUUGCACAACAAUUAAAAAAGCUAGAACUAGCUUUGCAAGUGUUGGAUGCUGAGCUGUAUAAUCAAGUUAUUACAAAUCAUGAGGAUCUUCUUUCACAAGUAACAUGGGUAGAAAAAAUUGAAGGAGUACUUGCAAUAAUGCAGGGACAUGUUCAAAGUUUGUUGUCGGCAGUUGAACAUUUGAGAGGUAAAAUAGUUGAACCAUUUAAUCGUAUAGAAGCUCAAACAAUUAUACUACGACGUCUUCAUGAAACAUCAGAUAUUUUACGAAGAGUUGGAAGAGUUCAGCAUUUACUUCACUCACAAAAACUUGUUGCUCAAAUAAGUAAUCCAGAUCGUAGCUCAGACAUAAUUGCAGCUGCAAAAAGUAUUCGUGAACUUGAAGAGCUAAUGGCUGACAGUGAUCUAAGUGGAUUGGAUAUUAUUGCUGAUGAUCAACAGUCUGUUAAAUCAUUAAAAUUAACAGUUAAAAAAAUAGCAACAGAUGCAUUGUCAUUGGGUCUUCAGCAAUCAGACAGUACCAAAGUUAGCAUGGCAAUUCAAGUAUUUGAAAAUUUAGAAAUUUUAAAAAUAGCUGUUGAUAAAAUUACUGAGCUUGCACUUGGUGAAGUUGAAAAAGCAGCCAAAGAAUCAUUGGAGGUAUCAUUACCAGUUAAUCAAGAUACUACAAAACGUGGUGGUCCUGGUAGAGCUGCUCUGCCAUCACCAGGUACAUCUGGAAAUGUUCGUACAAAAUUAUGGGAAAAUCUUGAUCGUUUAUUUCAAGAAACUGUUUACACUCAAUGUGUUCAAAUUGAAUUACUUGAAAGAAUACUACUUGAACAUCAUACCAAAGAAUUUGAUGGUUUUUCACAUAAAUUUUGGAAUGAUGUUACUGGAAAAUUGUCAAAAAUAUUUGUUGAACGUUCACAGGCAUCUUCACUUGUCAAGCAAGCUUUAGAAGGUGAAUAUCCAAAAUUUUUAAGAAUUUUUUUGGACCUGAAAAAACGUCUUAAGGAACGUCUUCAAGCUAUUGGAACUUAUACAAUUGGACGUGAUAUACUUCAACCAUUUGAAAAUGCAUAUUUAUCUCGAUCAAUAUCUCGACUACUAGAUCCAGUUCAUACAAUGUUUUCUGCAGAUUCAGCACCAAGUCAAGAUGAAAUUGAUAUUUUAAUUCGUACAAUAACAAGUGAAUUGAGUGUUUCACUUGUUGAUGAAAGUUUAUCAACAAUUGUUGCAAGAAAUGUCGGCAAAGCAAUACGUUUAUUUUGUUUAAAAUGUGAACAAGGUUUAAUAACAGGUGGUGAAGCAAGUCAAGUGAUUGACACUCAAACACCAGGACAACAAACAAAUGCAUUACUUGCUAAUCUUCUUUUUUAUCUUGCAACACAAACAACUCGUGUUAUAUCAAAUUUAGCUGGAAGUUUGCCAUCAGAAGGUGCCUCUGUUAUUGCAACAUCUCUUGAAGAAAUAAAUAAAUUAACUAAAAAUAUAUUAUCACCAAUAAUGUCAUCAAUAAGUGAUGCUAUUGAAAGUAUUAUUUUAACAAUGCAUGAUGACAGUGAAUUUAGAGAACCAAGUAGUCCACUUGGUCGUGAAAUUCCUUAUUCACUUUAUAUGAGAGAACUUCAAGCAUUUAUUCUUCGUUCAGUUACAACAUUUUUAUCAUCAUAUAAAAAUCAAGUUGUUGUUGCUGAAUGUUGUCAUGUUGUUGCAUCAAGAUGCAUUGAAUUAUUUGUACGACAUGCUUGUCUUGUGAGACCACUCUCAGCAUAUGGCAGAGCUAAGCUCAUUGCUGAUUUUGGACAAAUGGAAAUUGCUCUGGCUCCGCUGUGUCGAGGUGGACAAUUGGGAACACUGGAACAACAGCAGUAUCGUACACUGAGAGCAUUGAAGGCCCUGUUACCACUUGGACCAGAAAAAAUGGUUGAAAAAGUUGUAGAAAUGAAAGGUGAAGGUGGUGUACCAGCUUCUCUUGUUUUACUUAAUUUAUUUUCUGGUGCACCACCAGAACUACAGUCACCUCAUCAGAGUGCUGGAUGGUCUAUCAGCAGAUUGUCACAAUGGAUGGACAAUCAUCCAAGUGAAAAAGAUCGUUUGGCAUUAAGCAGUGGUCCAUUGCAACGUUAUGAAUCAAUUAUUAGACAAAAAAAUAUAACAUCAUUUCAUCCUCUUUUUCCAUUGAUGACUAAAUUAGCCAACUUGGGUCAACAGACAAGCUAGUUUGAAACUGUGUUGAUAUUAUAUUUUUACUUGAAGUUAUUAAUAAAAUUAAAAUUACAAUU